GAAAACUGUUUUAGCUACUUCUCGGACCACAUUGCCACAAAUCCGAUUCUGUUUCUCUAUUUACCUCUGCUUCUUCCCGGUUUCGUUAAGCUACUCUGAACUCAAUCUCCUAACUGAAAUGGAUGAAGAAAACGUACCCCAACAACUACCAUAUGAGCUCGAUCUCCGUAUGGCUUCUGAUACACCAGUAAGAGGUGUAAAAAUCAAACCUUAUGUUGUUGCGAUGGUGAAAGCCCGAAACUUCCUUGAAGCCAACCCCCAGUUCAAAAUCCCUCCUCUCACUGUUGCGAAAAUCGGAGACCAGUUCGUCUUCAAGGCGAAUCCCCAGCCACCCAUCAUUUUCUCCUGGUUCCGGAGAAAGCUUCCAACUUGUUCUGUUCAUCCUUCGAUCAUGGCUACAGUUCAAUGCAUCUCUUGUGUUGAAUUGAACACGAAAGUGAAGAGCUAUCAUUGUUCUGCACAGUGCUUCUCAAGUGAUUGGGAAAGGCAUAAGAUUUGUCAUCGCCACUUGAGAAAUCAACAAGAAUUUUUAAGGAGAUCUGGCUCAUGGCCACAAUCACUUGAUGAGAUUCCAGAACUAGAAGGAGACGAAUGGAUUCAAGUGGCCUCUUCAGGAACAUAUGAGCCUUCAUAUGAUGAUAUCAACUCCUUGCUGAUGCUGGAGUGUGUAGCUAUUGAUCCUGAAAACCGCAAUCGUCUGUCUCUGGUUCAAAGAAGAGUGAUCACUAAUCCUGUGAUUCCUUUCCCUGUUUGUUCCCCACGUAGGAUGAUUGAUAUUGAAUGUAAUGAUGAUGGUUCAUCAUUUAGUGUGUUAUCCUACAAUAUACUGGCUGAUAUACUUGCCAAGAACCAUCUUUGCUGUCCAACAUGGGCUCUUGAGUGGGAAUACCGUAAGCAAAAAUUGUUGAAAGAGAUCAAUGAAUAUGAUGCAGAUAUUAUAUGUUUACAGGAGGUUCAAGAGAACCAUUAUAAAGAUUUCUUUGAACCUGAGUUGAGAAGCCGCGGGUAUUCAGCUUUGUACAAGAAAAAAACAAAUAUCAAUGAGUUAUAUUCAGCCGAAGGAUAUAUAUAUGAAGGAUGUGCCAUUUUUUACCGUAGGGAUAAGUUCGAAGUAAACAUGAAAGAAGAGCACAGUGUUGCCAUUGUUGUGGUAUUGGGACUGAAAAAUGGUAGUACUGGUUGUAACCAUCAAUCCAGAAUUUGUCUGCUUGUGUUGUUUAAGACUUCAAAGGCUUUUCCUUAUAUGGUGAUGCUUGGGGUUAUGGCUCCUUUGGUUGCCACCCUUAUCCAUAAACUGCAAGCAAUUGCCCAAUCACAGAAUAUUCCUAUACUGAUCUGUGGGGAUUUGAACUCAAUUCCUGGAAGUGAUCCUCAUAGAUUGAUAAAACAAGGAAUCAAUUAUGGAGAAGGACGUGGUGAUACUAGGCCAGUAAUCAAUCUGGAAAGUGCAUAUGAAAGGUUUCUUUCUUCCUCUGGGAUUGAGCAUAGAUACUUAUUAGCCACCAUGCAUCCUCUCAACCGUGAGCCUCGGUUUACCUAUUUCACUCCACGUUACUCUGGAACGUUGGAUUAUAUUUUCUACACAGCUGAUGGCAGGUUGAAGGUUGUGGGCUUACUGGAACUUCCCAGCAAACGAAGCCUGGGUGGGCCUCUUCCUUCUCCUGACUGGCCAUCAGACCAUAUCGCUCUCAUGGCACGCUUUAGACUUGUCAUGGACUGCCAUUUGAUCAACAUGGACCACCAAGUGCGAAGAAGGACUAACUAUAUAUCAAUUACAGGAUCUUAAAUCCGGGGGAAAAGAAAAGGACCCGUGGUUGCCUUUUUGUGAAACGACCAUGAGCAGCUGACACUUCUUCGGAUCUCAUCUUGUUCUUCUAAACUUAUUUGGACAUUAUUAGAUUUGGUGAUAGGUGUGGAAACGGUAACAUUAUUUUGUUAAAGUUAUAUAAAUUUUAUUUAAUUUG